AUGCAGCAUACGAUCAUGUACGCAGCCUUCGUAAUCGUCGGCAUUGCAGAUAUUCUCACUUCCAAGAAGUACCGUCUACCCCCAAAGACGGACUACAUGGUUCUGCUGCUGGCUGUGCUGGUGGAAGCCUUCCAGUUCAGCUUCCACCUGCACGGUCGAACGCCAGUUGACACUAUGGUACACAAAUUGCUCAUUUACAGCGCAAUUGCUGAGGCAGUUUUCAUCGGCCUAGAGAUGAGGGACACGCACUGCGUCUUAUACGCAUUGGGAAGAGCAUUCUGGACAGCUCUUCACGGUGCCUGGUUAGCUCACAUUGCGUUUAUGCUGUACCACUCACCGACUAGGCUGACGGCUUGGAACUUAAGUGAGGAUGAUCAGAUGACUGUAGUGGGAGUUAUGUUUGGGUGGUUCAUGAUUUUGUUCCUGGCUUACACGGCGUUCAUAGGGUGGCUGGUCUGCCGGUAUGCAUCCUCUCAUGGUCUUAAGGGGAUCGCGGAUGAAGAGAGGCAGAAAUUAAUCACGAACGGUCAAAGAAGUCCAGGGGGUGACGAAACAGAAGUAGAUUUAGGAUCAAUGGCACUGAGUCAACGUGACCGUGUUUGCGAACCAUAG